CGUUCCUGCCACAUCUGGAAGCCAGCUUCUCGUGUAUUUAUGCGGACGGUUUUGUUUCGUUUUUACUUUUUUUUCCCCCGAAGCAUUAUUUAAAAGUCCUUUACCUUGUCUUGUUGGCAGUUUCUCUCCAUCUGAUGAGAUCUGCAAUUACAUCUCACCAUAACAGGUCACUCUGCAAUUACAUGCUCCGCCACAGAAUCAUACCCCCUCCUCUCGACUUCACCGCUGCUCAUAUGGCAGACCGAAAUAGAAUAGUUUCAUGUCUGUUUGGAUGGCGGCCCGGCCAAAACUAUGCUCGACUGUUUGACUGACAGUGGGAUGUGGACUUUUUCCUCCUUAAGUAAAACCUAUAAGGCCAGUUGCGCUCAGACUCGGAGCAGUCUCACUCCAGUAGGGUUUGGUGGUGGUUGCACCAGCUGGGGCUCUAAAUGAGAAGACAGGGCUAAAUAGAAACCUGUGAAUGAAAGUGAGCAGAGGGCCAAAGACGAGAACCACGAGCUCUAACGAUGAACCCGAAUGGAGAUACUUUACUCUGCUGUCGCUAACGAAGAGAAUGGAUACUGAGCUGAAGUAAGAUGGCCUCGGAAAGAACGCCAACGCCGCCGAGCAGCUCCCGACAGAGCAGCUCGCUGUCGUCAUCGCCGAUGAGUGCCCGCAUGCAGAUGCAGUCUCUCCAGGUGGACUCGGUCCAGCGCUGGAUGGAGGACCUUCGCCACAUGACAGAGGUGGAGUGCAUGUGUGUCCUCCAGGCCAAACCUAUCGGGGUGGAGGAGGACACCCAGCAGGGCGAGCUGAUAGUGACCUCUGGGAUCGGGGCGGGGGACCACGUGGCCCGGAACAACCUGCAGACGCUCCUGCGCCGUGCGCUGGUCGUCAGCACAGAGCUGGGGAAGAUGUUCCAGCGGCUGGAGAAGGGGCGCUGGCAGAGGGUCCACAGCACGGCUGUACGUGCAAACUGCCACGUGCGCUCACUCAUUCAUGAGUACAGCGCUGCUAGGAGCACACCGCCUGAGAUGCAGAAGUAUGAGAAAUCCCUGCUAGAAAAGUGUUUGGAGCUGACCAAUAUUACAGAGAGGUGCCUUCACACUGAUGAUGAAUUCUUCCUUAAAUCCAUGAGGGAGGCGAUCCAUGAAAUCCUCACAGAUGUCAGUGAUUCGUUCAGCAACAUGAUUGACAUGGCGCUGGCCAAUGAGAUCCGGGUCCUGAUCAAACAGAUUGAGUCAUCCGACAGUGUUCAUACCAUAGGCAGUGCCAUUAGCAACCUGCUGUCCCUGACCCAGGAUGGACCUCAGCUCUGCAGCAUCAUUGCCAAGGAAGGUGCUGUGGUGGCCCUGUUUAAGAUCUGCCGACAGGACCGCUUCAGAGACCUCUAUGCUCACGCUCUCAGAACCGUGGCCUCCAUCUGCUGUGUGGAGGAAGGCAUCACCCAACUGGACAAGGUGGACGGGAUCCUGUGCCUGGCAGACAUCCUGACCGAUGACGGCAGCGUGGAGGCGGCCCGAGCCGAGGCAGCGGCUGUCGUGGCCCAGAUCACUUCCCCUCACCACACGUCCACUCAGCAUCUCGCCAGCUUCCUGGAGAGCAUGCACGACAUCGUCACCGCUCUCAUCAAGCUGUGUGAGAGCGCCUCCUGUGGUGAAGUAUUCCUCCUGGCCUCUGCAGCCUUGGCCAAUAUCACUUUCUUUGACAGCAUGGCCUGUGAGAUUCUGCUCCAGCUGAACGCCAUCCACAUCCUGUUGCAGGCCUGCAAAGACCGCCAGAGAGUGGACACACCCUACUCCAAAGACCAGGUGGUGACGAUUUUGGCCAACCUCUCUGUCUUAGAGCUGUGUGCUCCUGAAGUCCUACAAGAACAAGGAAUAGAGAGGUUGCUCCUGCUGCUGGGGGAAAAACCAUCCUCCCCGAACCCAUCGGAGGGCGCUGCCUGUGAGCGAGUCCAGCAGAAAGCUGCCGUCACUCUGGCCCGCCUGAGCAGAGACCCUGAUGUGGCUCAAACUGCCAUCCAGCUCAAAGCUGUUCCUCGUCUCAUUGAACUGUGUCGCUCCCCCACUGAGAGAAAUAACAGUGACUCUGUCCUGGUUGCCUGCCUGGCUGCUCUGAGGAGGCUGGCAGCGGGCUGUCCCGACAGCAUCGAGGCCGCCGACCACCAGCAGCUGAUCAAACCGCGGCUGGUCGAUUCUUUCCUGCUGUGCUCCAACAUGGAGGAGAGCUUCGUCUGAUAACCUGCACGCCCCAACACAGAGAGACAAAAUUGACUUACAGUUCUGCAGUACUGAAAUUUGUUUCCUGACAUGUCUUCUGCUUUAUGUCCUGAGAGGAUUUCCCAGUUUUUAUUUUGAAUAUGACUAAGCACAAUACAAAUCCAUAGUUUCAGAACCAAAGGAGGUUUUUUUAUAACUGUGUUCAAUAUUUAUGUAAUUAUUUUAUAGGCAUAGUUAUUUUUUGCUUACUGUGCAAUUUUGUGUUACUGAUAAAAUUCCAAGGCUUUAAACACUGUGUAACACCCUGACAGAAUUGGUCAUUACGAAAACCAAAGGUCAAUUUUGACACGUCUAAUUAGUACUUUGUGUACUUCGAGUUUACAUUAACUUUUCAAUAACUACAGUACCAUGAAGUAGUCAUCUAGGGAAAAAAAAACAUUACGUUGCGUUAUUUCCAAUCGUACUUGCUAGCAAUUGCAAAUAUUAGAAUUUCUACAGAAAAAAAAUCUCAAUUAAAAAAGCUUUUUAUUUAAAAAGAGUUACUAUUAUUGUAUGUAAUGUAUGCAAAAUAAAGGCUUUAAUCCAA